AUGUCCACUAAAGUCGACACCAUUGACACUAAUUUCACAGUCUUCAUACGCUUACCAUUUCCCAGGGGCGAUUUUGUUGACCCGCCCCCUGUGGAAUGGAAUGCAUCCAAAGACCAAGCACUAUGGAAUAUUCUUUCUCGGCCAUCUAAAGGCGACAUAGACUGGAAAGCUCUGGCAGAGAACUUCGAUGUCACAUUGCAGUUCCUUCUUCAGCAGGCAGCAUGGCUCUAUGAUCGCCAGCUCUCGCAGGUUCGGGCUCAAAUGCGGAAGGUCGGCACUACGCAGUCGAACGCUCCUUCCCCAGCUCCAGGAUCUGUCUCAGGCAGUACGGCCCUGGGCGGACAGUCACAGCGAGAAACGCCUGUACUAGGUUCUCGCGCGCCAUCACGGCAAGUAUCUCAACAGAAAGACAUCCCACUACGAGGUAUGGACCGAAACUCCACCCGUCUUCGCACAGAACGUUUGAUAUCGCCAUUGGAUCGGACGCUUUUAACAUUGAUUGCAGCCCCUGACAACCGACGUAUGAGCUUUACAUCAACUACGGCUACUAACCCAACUCGUGGAUGUCGAGACUCUGCACGCAUCAACACGCCGACAACUGACGCCAAAGAACCACGCCGGGACUCUUUUGGCCGUCGGCUUUCCACAAAACGAGAACAGCCACCCAUCGUGUCUUUUCCCCGAUCGCCAACACUCGAGGAAGAGUCUCUAUCCUCGAGCUCGUCGGAAGAGUCAGCAUCCGACGAUGAAGACAAUAGGCGUGCACCCCGGUUCAAACGGUUUGGCAAAUUUUCUACCCAUCGCUCGGGUCUCCGGGAUGAUGAUGAUGACGAAGAGGAUACUCCAGCGUUCCUCCCCCUAUCCCGAGAGCACGAGCAUACCCAUCGGGAGCGGCCUGUCCAGGAACUCAGCGCUACCCUCCGUUUAGAUGCCGAGCGAGCAGCAGCACAACGGCGACGUCCCGAUCAGUGGUCUGGUCCUAGGGCCCCGGUGCCCACAGAGUCAUCUACCAGCUCUAUGAGCUCCGGUGGGGCUAGACGGACCAGCCUGGGGGCAUCGAUACUGAGCCCGCUGCGCACCGCCGAACGCCAAAAUUCGCGCAAGUCCACCGCGUCCGGUCGCGAAACUAGCGACGGUACUCCUAGCAUGGGUAGCAGCUUCAGUGAUCUCGACGGUAUGUGUCCCAACCCCGAGGAUUCUGGAUUUCAACUGAUCGAUUGGUCAGAUGCAAGUGUUACCCAGUCAGCCCUGGAAGAAGCCCUUCUAAGCAACAUGCAGCAUGGUGGAAUGGCGAGCCGGAUGAGUACCAUCAGCCAAGCCUUGCGCAGCCGGUAUCUGCAAUGA